AUGAUCCGACCUGAUUGUAAUAAUGAUUUCUGGAAGGAACGGUUCAUUAGUGGUCUCCCUUCUCUCUUUGCCGAAAAGGUUCGGACCAAUAUUAAGGACAGAUUCGAGGGAAAAAUCCCUUAUGAUAUCCUAACCUAUGGUGACUUAAUGAGUUUCAUCACUACCGUAGGAAUAGAUCUCUGCACUGAUAUCAACCUUAAGAAACAACUUAAGAAAGAUAGUACUUCUAAAUAUGGACUAGGAACCUUCUGCCAAGACUAUGGGUUCACCAGCCCUGGCAACAAGCAUAAGAAAAGGACCUCCAAACCUCGCAAGAAGGCUACUUCUAGUAAGAGACCCUUCAAACAAGAUUCUUAUCAACCAAGUAGAAAAUCUACCAAGAGAAAAACCUCUAAGGCUAAAGAUACUUGUUGGACUUGCGGCAAGACAGGCCAUAGGGCGAAGGAUUGUAAGUCCAAUAAGAAGAAGAAGUUAAACCAGCUAGAUCUCUCAGAAGAAACCAGAGCUAGUUUAUUUUCUAUAAUGGAAGACUCGCCUGAUUCCUCAGAAUCCUCCUACACCUCAUCAAGUGAGGACUACAGUGAUGAAGAAUUCAUCAAUGCUGCUUAUGAGACAGAUCAAUCCCAAUCCGGCCAAGAAUGCGCCUGUGAUGGUGCUUUCUGCACUUGCACCAGAAAGACCAUUAAUGUCAUUUCUGGAAAUCCUAAAGAAAUCCUAUUUGACAUUAUAGAACAUAUCCAGGACGAUGAGGCUAGAAACAA